AUGGCCGACUUCUUGGCGGAGAUGAUGGGAGAUCCAACCGAGGCACCGAGCACACGGUGGAAACUCCACGUAGACGGAGCUUCCAACCAGAUGUUCGGCGGAGCCGGGAUAAUCUUAGAAAGCCCCACUGGGGUAGUUUACGAGCAGUCAAUCAAGUUUGAAUUUUCGGUGUCAAACAACCAAGUGGAAUACAAAGCCCUUCUUGGCGGAUUAGUCUUGGCUAAGGAAGUUGGAGCCACAAGACUUGAAGCGUGUAGCGAUUCACAGGUCGCGACUUCGCAGAUAAAUGGGGCACAUCAGGCCAGAGACUCGUUGCUACAAAAAUACAUGGAGAAAGUUAAGGAGCUAGCCGCGCAAUUUGAGGAAGUCUCAGUGCAGCACGUCCUGAGAGAGAGGAACAUGCGAGCAGACCUCUUGUCGAAGCUGGCAAGUACCAAGCCAGGAGCGGGAAACCGAUCUCUCAUCCAAGGCCUAGCAAAAGAGCCGACAGUUACUCUCCAUAUAAUGAGGGUAAGACCCUCUUGGAUGGACCUGAUUACCGAGUUCUUGGAAAGCGGCAAACUCCCCGACGACGAGAAGACGGCCAAAGCAUUGAGAAGGGAGACGGCCAAGUAUGCAAUCAUACAAGGCCAGUUAUUUAAGAAAGGUCUCAGCCAACCCUUACUGAAGUGCUUACAUCUCAACCAAACAGAAUAUGUGCUUAAGGAAGUCCACGAAGGAUGCUACGGCCACCACAUCGGGGGCAAAGCCCUAGCAAGAAAGCUCAUCAGAGCCGACUACUACUGGUCGUCGAUGAUGAAGGACUCUAAAGACUUCGUGAGAAAGUGCGUCAGAUGCCAGGAGAACGCCAAUUUCCAUAGAGCGCCAGCAGCUGAACUAAGUCUGUUGACGUCUUCCCGACCUUUCUCACAAUGGGGAGUUGACCUCUUAGGACCUUUUCCGGUGAUAACUCGAUUCGGUAUCCCGGAAGCUGUUAUCUCCAACAACGGGACACAGUUUACUGACAAGAGGUUCGUGGAGUUCCUCGCCGGUUUGGGCAUAAAGCAAAAAUUCUCAUCCGUGGAGCACCCCCAGACGAACGGCCAAGUUGAGGCCGCAAAUAAGGUUAUUUUGCUAGGCCUAAAAAAGCAGCUUGAUAAGAAAAUGGUGUAUGGGCUGACGAACUCGCCUCAGCUCUCUGGUCUUACCGAACGACCGAGCAAUUGUCCACGGGGGAAACCCCUUUUCGACUGA